AUGAAUAUAAUAUUGACUGAAAAAGAGGCAGAAGUGUGCGAAAUACUUAAUAAUGUAACCAAUUCUUUGAAAAAAUCGAGACCUGAUCUUGAUUUGACCUUGAGAAUAGCAGGCGGAUGGGUUCGCGAUAAACUUCUUGGAUUAGAAUGCAAUGAUUUAGACAUCGCCCUAAGCUCCUUAAUGGGCUACGAAUUCGCCGAAAUUGUAAACGACUACUUGCGUGAAAAUGGUUACCCGAUCAGUGGAAUCGGUAAAAUUGAAACGAAUCCUGACCGAUCCAAACAUUUACAAACGGCUGCAACUAAAAUUUUGGGUCUCGAAGUUGAUUUCGUCAAUUUGAGAAGCGAGACGUAUCAGGAAGACAGUCGAAUUCCUAGUGAAAUUGCGUUUGGUACGCCAGAAGAUGAUGCGUUACGUCGUGACAUCACUAUUAAUGCGUUGUUUUAUAAUAUACAUACACAUCAAGUGGAGGAUUUAACGGGAAAGGGGUUAUCUGACUUGGAGGCGGGAUUAAUUCGUACGCCACUUUCGGCAUACCAAACAUUCAAAGAUGAUCCACUUCGUGUCAUUCGUUGUAUACGAUUCGCCAGUCGAUUUGAUUUUAAAUUAGUGGAAGAAAUCAGAGAGACUAUUAAAAAUGAAGAGAUACGCACUGCUCUAAUGUCAAAGAUUAGUAGAGAACGCUUCGGCAUCGAGGUUGACAAGAUGAUUAAAGGGCCUGACCCGCUACACUCUUUUGAGCUUAUUCACUCUUUGGAUCUCUUCGAUAUUAUAUUUACUCGUCCGCCGGAAAAACUUGUAAUUGGUGAUAUGGAGGAUCCUAUUAAAGGAGUGAACUCAUCAAAAAUUUUAAAAUGGCUCCUAUCAAUCACAGAAAAUAAAAUUGACAUUUCUCCUCGACCUCCAGGAGAAAUCAGAUCACUUUAUCUGGCUUCUAUUCUCCUACCUUACGCGAAUAUGUUGGUAAAAGAGCGUAAGAAAGAAAUUCCCGCUGCCGCUUAUGUGAUCAAGAAUAGCUUAAAACUGCCUAACCAAGAUGUUGACACCACAACCAUGCUAUUUGCUUCAAUAAAACCUCUACAUGAUGCAGCACAUAAAAAUGAAGAGAUCUCUUUGGAUAGACUUCACUUAGGGCGCAUUAUCCGUGAAAUAGGUAGUAAGUGGCCGAUGGCGUUAAUUUUGAGUGUUGCUAUAGACCUUUUACCAGAAUUGGAGAGUAUAAAGUCUGGAAAUCCUAAUGAAAAUGUUUUACGUGGGAUCCAACGAUACAAUAACUUGAUAAAGCGAAUAAAUGAAUUAGGAUUACAAGAGUGCUAUUCGUUGAAACAUAUUAUCGAUGGUAAAUCUAUAAUAGACUUGCUAAAAAUAAAACCGGGGCCUCAAUUGAAAGAAUAUUUGCAGUCGGUGAUUGAAUGGCAAUUUGAACAUCCCGACGGAACAAAAAAAGAAUGUGAACAAUAUAUCAAGGAGAAGUUUGGAAAGGAAUACGGAAGAUCAAGAAUACAAAGCUAUUAA